GGCGUGUGGUCUACGCGUUGCGUCAUCAACAUCGCGCACAUUCUCUUUGCAUCUGCGAAGAAGGGCGUUUUGACUUUACCGGGUUUCCGCACCGGCUCUGUGUGUUACAGUCGCUUUUAACCGACAGUUUUUACGCGUAAAACAUGAUUAGAAACGGAAACCACGCAGAGGAGGAGAACAGCGGGGAGUCGGGCUCCUCCAACCAGGAGGCGUUAGCCCGCAGCCCGGAGAAGAGGAAACGGUUGAUCCGGGUGUGGUGUGACGGAUGCUAUGACAUGGUACACUACGGUCACUCUAACCAAUUGAGACAGGCCAAAGCAAUGGGAGAUUAUCUGGUAGUGGGAGUCCAUAAAGAUGAGGAAAUAGCCAAACACAAAGGCCCUCCGGUCUUCACUGAGGCUGAGCGUUAUAAAAUGAUACGGGCCAUAAAGUGGGUGGACGAGAUCGUGGAAGGAGCGCCGUACGUCACCACGCUCGAGACGCUGGACAAGUACAACUGUGAUUUCUGCGUGCACGGAGAUGACAUCACCUUGACCGUGGACGGGAAGGACACUUACGACGAGGUGAAGAGAAUGGGCAGAUACAGGGAAUGUAAGCGCACAUUGGGAGUGUCCACGACGGAUCUGGUGGGCCGAAUGCUUUUGUUGACAAAGGCGCACCACAGUAACAUAGAUAAUACAGCAUACCAGCUCCACACGGAUAACUUUGGAAAGGGUCCUAAAGGUCACAGCCCAUGGACCGGCGUCUCUCAAUUUCUGCAGACGUCGCAGAAAAUCAUCCAGUUUGCCUCGGGAAAAGAGCCACAGCCUGGAGACACGAUUAUAUAUGUGGCAGGAGCGUUUGACCUCUUUCACAUUGGUCACGUGGAUUUCCUAGAGACCGUUCACAAACAGGCAGAGAGACCUUACGUCAUUGUUGGGCUGCACUUUGAUCAGGAAGUGAACCGCUACAAGAGGAAGAACUAUCCAAUCAUGAAUAUUCAUGAGAGAACUUUGAGCGUGCUUGCCUGCAGAUAUGUUUCAGAGGUGGUGAUCGGAGCCCCCUACGCAGUAGGCAAAGAUCUCCUUGAUCAUUUUAAGGUGGAUCUGGUGUGCCACGGGAAAACAGACGUGUUUCCAGAUACAGACGGGAGUGACCCCUAUGCCGAGCCGAAGAAGAAAGGGAUUUUCCGCAUCUUGGAUAGCGGCAACAACCUGACCACUGAUGAUAUCGUGCAGAGAAUCAUCGACAACAGAUUGCAAUACGAGGCCAGGAACCAGAAGAAGGAAGCUAAAGAGAUAGCCGUGUUCGAGGCUUUGAAGCAUAAAGAAGAUCCGGAGAAGACUGAAUCGGCUCAGAUAAAUAAUUAACUGUACCAACCUCUCCUUAACAAAUUCAAUUAAUCUCCGUCUUGAAAUGGAAACUGUUCCCUCAGUGCGCCGGUGAAAAUGAUUUAACAUCUCAAUUUAACAAUUUAAUGACUCAAUUUAACGAACAAAGCUUAAAUGCAUGCUACAUUUGAACGAACAAGGCGGCGGAAGAUAUACCUGCGUUUACUUCAUCAUAUGACAAAAGCACUUAACUGUGCACCGAGAGAUUUUAUGGUACUUAUUAAAUAGGUCAGAUAACUUUCUCGGGUGAAACUAGUAGAUCCGUCUAUGAAGGUGACGAGAAAGUUUCAUUUCAACGUUUAUUUUGUCAUUCAGUAUCCAUACGCACAAAUAUCCGUAGAUUAGCCGUCUGCGGAGAAAUGUGAUUUGAAGGAAUGCUUUUUUUAAAAGUGUCAUUAACCUUAGUAUGCAUACUUGAAAUAGAUAAAAGCGUUUUGGGAUAUUGUUUGGAAAUUUUAGAAACACUAGAAAUUUAUUUUAUGUUUUUUUCUGGUGUUUGAAUCCUACGAAAACAUAUGCAGGUCACGUUUUACCCCAAUUUUAAAAAAAAGAAAUAUUGCAUGAAUACUGCAUUUUAAAUGAUCAAAGAAGUUUUUAUUUUUGCUAAAUAUAAUUUAUUAUUCUUUCCUAGUGAUUAUUGAGUAAAAUAUGACCUUUAUGUGUUUUUUACAGGCUUGUGAGAAUUAUCCCAGGUAUUUUAUUUUCUACAGGUGCUGUUGUAGAAAUGGGACCUUGAUCUGUUUAUCGUGGAGCAAAUUGACUCGCAGUUUAAAAAAAAGUUGCAUUCACAUGUCGCCCUUUUUUUACUUUUAUGGUCUUUUAUCCGCCUUUUUUCCCAUACGCUACGUCCGCCCAAGCGAAUCGUAAAGUCACGCGAUCUUCGAAGUCACGAUCAUAACGUAGAUUGACCUCAGGCCAGAGAUGUCACUACGACCGUCACUGCUAGUUCACACUUUAUUUUAACAAGCAACAUAAAUAUUCUUUGUGUUCGUCACCGUGACCCCAGCUGUCAAACUUUUAUGUACUUUUAUCUUGUUUUUAAGCAGUUUGAUGCUUCUUGUGCUUUUAAUCAAUAUGCACGUUGUUGCAACAGUAGCAUAUUUUUGUUUUUAACAUCGAAUUGCUGUGAAGAAAAAUACAUAUGUAACACUAAUUUAAUGUUGUAAAUGUGAGCAGAAAUGUUAAGUGACCAAUUCUGAACCUACCUGUGAGACGCUGAAUGUUGUUUGUGUCCUUAGACGAUGUUUUUAAUUUCACUGAUCUCAUCGUAAACUGUUAAUGUAUGCCAUAAAAAAAAUGUAUUGCAGAGAAGAUUGCAGUUUUUUGCAAUAAAACAGUUUCAAAACAA